AUGUCAUUUCCAAUAGUUUCUCCAUUGUCACCCGAUACCAAUGACGAAGUAAUGCAAUUAGCUACAUUUUACAAUGAAACACUAGGCUUUUGUCCAAACGGUGUAUUUACUAUGCAACAUCGGCCGGCUAUGCUUACUGCCGCGAUUAACCUGAACAAAGCAGUGAUGGAAAACCAUGGUCGUGUGACUAGUGUUUUGAAACGUCUUAUUGCUUAUGUUGCUAGUUCCAAGGCGGGUUGUCAAUACUGUCAAGCACAUACUAUAUUAGCAGCUGAACGUUAUGGAGCCGACUCAGAGCAACUAGCUAACAUCUGCCAGUAUUCUACUCAUCCAGCUUUUAGUCCCGCUGAACGGGCAGCUCUUGACUUCGCUGUAGCGGCAUCUACAGUGCCCAAUGCUGUAAACAGUUCCAUUGUUGAAAAUCUACAUAAGCAUUGGGAUGAGGGUGAAAUCGUUGAAAUUCUAGGUGUUAUUAGUUAUUUCGGUUUUCUCAAUCGCUGGCAUGACUCGAUGGGCACAACUAUCGAAUCAGGAGCAUUAAACGCGGCUGAGAAACAUCUGGCUAAACAUGGAUGGUCACCUGGAAAACAUGCACAGACAAAACAUUCAUCUUGA